AUGUGGUGCUACUGGUUUCGGGGCGACGCAGUGAAUCAAAUCGGACCGUUUCGAUUCCUGCGAUCGAGCGAUGUGAACGACACAACGUCGAGGAACCUGCUCGGGCGUGGCCGAACUGUGAUGGACCACCUCAUCCGCAUCGCCACGACCAACCACUUUGCCACGUCCCUCGAUCACAUCGCAGCCAUGGCUCCAAGCGACUUUAUGGGCGUAUUUGACAAGUCGUUCGAGAUAUUCGUGCGGAAAACCCCCGACGGCAUGCUUACUCGCGACGGGUUCGAGUCGGUGAGAUGGGAACAAGUCGUGUUCACCACGUACGGGGCCGUGUACGACCUCAUCACGACCGUGAAGAAAAAGUAG